CUCAAAAACGAUGUCUCCAACAAAGUGAAAGAAGAUUUCGAACGAGAGGUGGAAAUUACAAGUUCGUUCGACCACGACAACAUUCUAAAGUUGCUGGGAAUUAUCAUACACGACAUUCGUGAAACGCCGUACAUGGUAUUUGAGUACAUGACUCACGGGGACUUAGCUCAAGUAUUGCGAAAGAAUGAUCCUCAUGUGAAGAUCGGUGAGACAUCUGUGAAACUAACAAAAGUGGAACUGAUUGAUAUCGCUACACAGAUUGCUUGUGGGAUGAACUAUCUAUCUUCACAGCAUUUCGUCCAUCGAGAUUUGGCAACGCGGAACUGUCUUGUGGGCGAAAGCCUCACCGUGAAGAUAUCCGAUUUCGGAAUGUCAAGGGAUAUUUAUACGUGUGACUACUAUCGGAUUGGCGGUUCACGGAUGCUUCCGGUACGUUGGAUGGCUCCAGAGAGUGUGAAAUACGGACGUUUCACAUCCGAAUCCGAUGUCUGGUCCUAUGGAGUGGUGCUGUGGGAGAUAUUUAGUUAUGGAAAGCAACCUUACUUUGGACAUUCCAAUGAAGAG